GAUAUUCUCUAAGCGCCAGCUCUAUAAUUAUAGUGACUAUCGAGCUAGUGAGAUCACAAAUUAGCGAGCUGUAUUUUGAAGACAUAAUCCAUCAUGAAGUGUGAAUUGUUCACCAUCCUCGUCAUCCUUGCAGUACUGGUGGUAGUUGCAGAAUCCUAUGGUAGAAGAUACGGAGGAAGGAGUCAUUAUGGAAGAAGACACGUAUACAGAUACAGUCAUGGGCACUAUGGAGGUAGACACAGAUACAUUCAUGGGCACUAUGGUGGGAGACACAGAUACAUUCAUGGGUACCAUGGACAUAGGUACGGGUAUGGACAUAAACAUGUGUAUGCUCACGGAUAUGUUCACCGACCAAGUGUUAUUCACAGCCAUGUUCAUGUUCACGGACAUGUUCACAGUCAUGCUCAAGUACACCACAAUAUACAGAUCUUGGCAAACCUAAACAAGCAUCUCCAUCAUCACGUUCAAGAGCACAAAAAAAUUGCUUUACAACAUAUCAAAACCAUUGCACAGACGGCUGAACAUCAUGUCAACAGCAUUGAAGAUGCGGCAAACAGUCACGUUGAGAAAGUAAAGGAGGAAGCCGAUAAACAUAUCUAUGAUAUAAACAAGGCCUCCGCGGAACACCUGCAACAACUAAAAGCAGCAGCAGAUGCACAGAUUAAAAGACUAACUGAGCUCGCAAAACAACAUUUAUUCACUGCAGAGAAGCAACACCAGCAACAUUCCAGUCAACGUGAAGACCAACAUAACCGUCACAUGAGUGAUAAGGAAGCAAUUAAUAAACGACAUGAAGAGGCAAUGCUGUUGAUACAUAAACAACUACUACACCCAAAACUUAGCUAUUUUAAGAAAAAUAAAUAGAUGUAAAAGUU